AACAGACUUUUCGCCUCGCGGGAUUCGUAUUUAUCUAUAUCCCUCUUGUAUCAACCUCCAUGUUAACCCAAUUUGAGUUUGAAUUUGAAUUUGUAUCUCGUUUUGAUCUGAGAUUUCGCCAUGAACGAUCUUCUUUCCCGCACCUUCUCAAGCGACAGCAGUCGCCGGAAUUCAUCUCCGCCUCACAUCAUCCAGAUGUCUGCGGCGAUGACCUCCGGCGGUGAUGGAGGAGGAGGGAACAACCUCGAGAAGUUCUUCAAGGAUGUGGAGACGGCGAGCGACGACAUCCGAGAGCUCGAUCGGCUCUGCGGUGAACUCCGAUCAAGCCACGAGCAGAGCAAGACGCUCCACAGGGCUGCAGCGGUUAAGGAGCUGAGGGCGAAGAUGGAUGCUGACGUGGCGGCGGCGCUCAAGACGGCGAAGCGUGUGAAAACGAGGCUCGAGGAGAUUGACCGGUCCAACGAGGUGAACCGGAGCGUACCGGGAUGUGGACCGGGUUCGUCGUCGGAUCGGCAACGGAUCUCGGUGGUGAAUGGGUUGAGGAAGAAGAUGAAGGAUUCGAUGGAUGAAUUUAAUCGAUUGAGAGAAAAAAUUUCAGAGGAGUACAGAGAAACUGUUCAACGGAGGUAUUUUACCGUCACCGGCGAGAAUCCCGACGAGAAGACGCUUGAUCGCCUCAUCUCCACCGGAGAGAGCGAGACGUUCUUACAAAAAGCCAUACAAGAGCAAGGCCGAGGACGAAUCUUGGAUACGAUAAACGAGAUACAAGAAAGGCACGACGCCGUCAAGGACAUAGAGAAGAGCUUGAACGAGCUGCACCAGGUGUUCUUAGACAUGGCGGUGCUAGUGGAGCACCAGGGCCAGCAGCUCGACGACAUCGAGAGCCACGUCAAACGAGCCGAGCCUGGGGAUAACAAUGGCGGUGGCGGUGGAGGCGUUGGCCGAGGAGCGAGUCCAGUUCAACCGUCGCCACCACCGCCGCCGCCUCCUGUUGUAGCCCGGAGGUUGCUCAUGUUCUGAAUUUUCCGGGGAUAUAUACAUAUAUAUAUCUAUCACAUAUAUACCACAUACAUAUAUAUAUAUAUAGAGGUAAUAAUAAUAAUAA